CAGUGUAACCACCGAGAGAGUGUCAGGAAGUCAUGUGUAGCAUUAUCCUUCAUGGGGGUUGGUUCAAAUGCAAUGCGUGUCUCGUUUAAGUGAAUCGAAUGAUCUAACAAUGGGGGGGAGACUCACGAUUUUACAUGAACACGAACGAACACCCGUACUAAUUAUUACUAAUUUACUAUUUUAGUAUCCACAGCGUGUACAUAGAAUAAAAAGGUGGAUGCCAGCAGCUGCAGCACAAUGAGAAGCACAUUUUGGGCAUGGGGGAAAUGAAAUCCAUAGAAAUUGGAAGGGAAGAAAGGAAAGAGAGGUUUUACAGUGCCGCCAAACGCGCAGACAGAGGACACAUGUCAAAACUGCUUCCCGCAACUCCUCUCUGUUUCCAUGGCGUCCAUUUGUCACCCAUCCCAACAACUCUUCUGCUCCACCCUUAUCAUCCUAUCUUCUCCAUCUCCACCACCCCUACUUUCCCUCUCUCUCUCUCUCUCUCUCUCUACAUAUAUAUGUCAUCGCUCCCACCCCAUUCAUUCUGGACUCUAGCGAGCGAUCGAGCGAAGACGACACCCAGAAAGCCACCGAGCACAUGCCAGAGGACUCAUCGAUCGAUCGAUCGGGACCUAGUUCUGAAAAUGAGUCCAGCUACGCAUUUUCACGAACACAUUUCGGGCAAGAGAGAGCGUGACGCCAAUUGCGGUAAUAACAAUAAACAUAUUCUCAAGAUUAAUAAAGACUCGCAUUUGAUCAAGAAGUCCUCGUCGUCAUCUCCGUUGCCGCCGUCCUCUUCAUCCUCCUCCGCCACAAGCUCCGCCAAGCCGCAGCAGCAGCGCCACCACCCGGUCAUCAUCUACACGCAUUCCCCCAAGGUUAUUCACACUCAUCCUCGGGACUUCAUGGCCCUGGUCCAGAAGCUCACCGGCCUCUCCCGCUCCGACGACAACCCGCCCCGCCCCAAACCCGACCCCGACGCUUCUUCUUCCGAGGACAACACGACCAAGAAUCAGAAGGCGGUCGCCGCCUCGGCCGACGACAACGACUCCUCGUCGUCGGUGGUGACGGACGAGAACUGCGGCAGCACGGUUGUCGGGAAUGUGGAGAUCAAUUCGUGUUUUCCGUCGGGGACUCAUCACCAUCCGCCGAUUUUCGAUGCGUCGAAUCCUUGUUUCAGCAACAUUCCGUUGUUCAGUACGAAUUCCUGCGAUUUCUUGUGCCCGGCGGCAGCCCAGCCGUUUUACAACAAUUACGCAGAGUCCUUGCUAUUGAUGCCUAGCAUGCGAACCUCCAUCUCCUCUGCUUCUUCAUCCGCUUUGGAAGCCAUGAACGAGUUUCGUGAGUUUUGAAAAUUCUUUCAUUCUUGGGUUUCAAACUAAUUUAAUAAACAUAACUUCACCUUCUUCUUU